AUGAGUCGUUCUUCAUCACGCACGAGCUCAAAUUUUAGCUUUGCAAGCUUAAUCAUCCCACAUCGAAAUAAGCCACCUCCGGACGUCUAUAUAAAGACGCACAAGAACAUCACGGUUUCCUUUGGGGAAGAUGCGUCCACCUUUCAACAAGGUAAUCUCGGAGACACUCAUACAUAUCUGGUGGGCACAGUUCACCUGAAUUAUCUGAAGGCGUGCGCGGUGAAAAACGUUUGCCUUCGGUUGAAAGGAAAGGAGAAGACUUCAUGGUAUAGUGCUCAAUCGAGAUCGAAAAUUAUGUACACGGGAGAACAAACGAUAUUCAGUCAGACAAAUAAGAUAUGGGAAGCUUUUGAAGAGACCGAAGAUAUUAACACGUUGGACAUCCCAUUUAAAAUGCAACUUCCCCAAGAUCUCCAAGAGACGAUAAUCACCGAGGUGGGAAGCGUCCAAUAUGUGCUUUACGUCACCGUCCAAACGAAGGGAUUGCUGGGCACCAGCUCGCAUACUGCAAAAAUACGCUGCCCUCUUAAACGUACUUUGACACUGGAUUACACCUUGUCACCGCCAUACCGGUUAUGCGGAGAAUCGGCGACCGGGAUCGAAUACACACUUAUGUUGCCGCCUCAAAAAUAUUUUAACGCAGGUAGUCAUAUAUCGAUACCAGUGAUGCUACGAUUCUUGCGUUCUGAUGUUGGCGUUGAAAGGUUGGAAGUAACCUUGAAGACCUUGAUGGAUUUUUCGUGUUCGCAGAAUGAGAUCAAGCACGUUGAACGUCAAGAGUCCGCCGUCUUAGUCGAAUUACAGUCGAACACGCGGUAUCCUCUCGGCGGGUACAUUCAAACCGUAGACUUAUUCAUCCCGAAUGAAAUACAUCCCACCUAUCAAGGAAGAUUCAUCAACAUAUCGCACCAACUAAGUAUAAAGUUUUACGUGUGGGGAUUUGGUAAGAAUUUUUGCGUGGAAGAAUACGUGAGAGUGGCUCACGUGGUGGAGAGGGAUAGAGUCCCUUCCACCUCCGCUUUGUUGCCUUCAUUCUCACGGCAAAGCACUUCUGCUUACGUGGCGGAGAAAGUGACAACGUAUAAGACCAGAUCACUAGAGCAGUUUGCAAUGCCUCGCGAACCUGCUGUUCCUGACACGACAGGAAACAGACUUCACGAUGAUAUCGAGUACAAACGUUUGGUUGCUCCGUUUGAUGAUAGAUUCGAUGACGGACAUACUAGGGCUCCGCCGCCACGGCCACUUUUUACUGACAUCAGGGAUUUACAGUCAGACGACACUUUUGCCAAUAUUCAAACGCCACUUUCACCACCUCCAUAUCGUCGACUCCUGACUCACCAAGCAUCCUCCGGAGAUUUUUGA